AUGUUUAAUAAAAUAAUUUUAUCACUAGUGCUAUUAGCUAGCAUAUGCCAGCUAAAUGUUUAUGCUAAUAGUGCAGCUGCAUUAUUAAAUGUCGAUUUAAACAGCAAUUAUGUGGCAAACAAUCAGGGCUCUGAAGCACCGCCGACUGAAGGACCUACUGGUGCCCCAACUGGUGUUCCGACAGAAGGACCUACCGGUGGCCCAACUAUCGGUCCGACUGAAGGACCUACUGGUGCUCCGACUGGUGAAACACUUGAACAACACAUAUUGGACGCCUUGAGUCAGGCGCGCAAUUCAAACUACCAGCUCAUCCGAGUUAACGGUUUGCUACCGUUCCAGUCUAUCAGACAAAUCAAUCAAAUUGUACAGACAUUCCGUCGGGUGACCGCCAAUUUCAAUGGCCAACCCUGUCUGAGCCGUACACCGGCCAAUGCUGGCCGCAAUACUCAGGACAACUGUUACGCUGUUAUUGCCGACGCCAUACUCCAGGCCAACAUUGUACCCGGCUAUUUGAUUGCUGUCGGUGAACGAGGCUAUAUGGCCACCGAUUACUGGCUAAAUCGCGAACAGUCUGUCGAGUUUUUUAUGGGACCACUGUUUUUCGGUCUCUAUAAAGAGCGCCCGACUAUUUUUGGUUAAUUUUUUUUCAAUUUUUGUUGAAAAAUAAA